AUGAGUAAAGAAAAUAAAAAUGCAAAAAAACCGAAAGACAUUAACUUUUCAACUAAAGCAUUGCACAACUUAGAUAAAAAAAGUGUCCAAAUCGAGAAAUGCGAAAAAGAACGAAAAGAAUUUUCGAAUCUGAUCUUAGAUAAAAAAAGUGACCAAAUCAAGAAAUGCGAAAAAGAACGAAAAGAAUUUUCGAAUCUGAUCUCUUUACCAAUUGAUCCUCUAGAUCAACUGCAAAAAAUACGCGAACGGCAACAUGAUUCAGUGUUAAACCCUUUAAAAAAAUCACAGGCAAUUGUUAGCAACUUAUCGACAGGCAAAACUGAAAAGUUGAUUGAGACAAGAAAUAAUUGUAGAUUGAUACAAAAACAAGAAACCCUUCAAAUAUCACAAAACAAAACUCCACUUUUGCCAUUGAGACCUCCAUCUUCCAAAUUCUCUGGAUUAAAUUAUUCAUCAAAAUCAACAUCAUCUGUCGAAUCUAGCAUCAAAUACUUUGAAAAACUAGCUUCAAAAGUUAUUCCUAUUAAUGAAGAGAAAGAAAAACCCAUGCCAUUAUCAACCGUGCAACCUAAAAUUGAAAGGAGAAAAGUAUUUAGUCUUCCAAAUGCACCGGAUGUCUCGAGUUUUUUUGUUAAUCACGAUUAUUCUGUCGCGUUUUUAAAAAAACCGUCAUCAUACGCAAAAAAAUCAACAAUUGACAAAUCAAACAUUGAAUGCGCAACAGAAUUUGAAGAUAAAAAAAUAUUAAAAACAAUGAAUAAAUCAUUGUCACUUUCAAGUUUGCCUAAAAGCGAAACAAUUCAACAUUCAAUUUCAAGUUUGUCUAAAAGCGAAACAGUUCAACGUUCUAUUUCAAGUUUGCUUAAAAGCGAAACAGUUCAACAUUCUAUUUCAAGUUUGCCUAAAAGCGAAACAGUUCAACAUUCUAUUUCAAGUUUGCCUAAAAACGAAACAGUUCAACAUUCUAUUUCAAGUUUGCCUAAAAACGAAACAGUUCAACAUUCUAUUUCAAGUCUGCCUAAAAACGAAACA